CAGUAAAUAAAAAUUAAAACUAUUUAGAAAAAGAGGCUAUUUAAAAAAUAUAUAUUUAAAUAACAAAUAUUUAUUAAUAAUUAAUUAAAUUAAAGAAAUAAAAAGUUUCAAAAUGAAUGUGGAAGAUUUUAGAAAACAUGGCAAAGAAAUGAUCGAUUACAUUUGUAAUUAUGCCCAAAAUAUCGAUCAGCGUGAUGUGGCGCCAACUUUAGAUCCUGGCUAUUUGAAAAAAUUACUGCCUAGUGAAGCUCCUUUAAAACCUGAAAAAUUCGAUGAUGUUUUGGAAGAUUUUGAAAAUAAAGUUAUGCCGGGUGUGGUUCAUUGGAAUCAUCCGAAAUUUUUUGCCUAUUUUCCCUCCGGUAAUUCAUUUCCCUCGAUAUUGGGUGAUAUGCUUAGUAGCGCUAUAGGAUCUAUAGGAUUUUCAUGGGCCUCUUGUCCAGCUUCAACAGAAUUGGAGACCAUAGUCUUAGAUUGGUAUGCCAAAGCAUUGGGUUUGCCAAAGGCAUUUAUCAGUGAUAUACCCGGCAGUAGAGGUGGUGGUGCUUUACAAGGUUCCGCUUCCGAAUGUACCCUAGUGUGUAUGAUUACCGCUCGUUCUAGAGCCAUACACAAACUAAAAGGUUCAAGUUCCGAAAUGCAUGAAAGUGUAUUUUUACCCCAGCUAAUAGCAUACGCUAGUAAGGAGGCUCAUUCGUCAGUGGAAAAGGCUGCCAAAAUGGCUUUAGUUAAAUUGCGCAUUAUAGAUGCCGAUGAAAGAGGUCGCAUGCGUGUAGAUCUACUAAGACAAGCCAUUACAAAUGAUGCCAAUGCUGGUCUAACACCAUUUUUUGUCGUGGCCACAGUGGGCACAACUGGAGCCUGUGCUUUUGAUAAUUUAGUCGAGAUUGGUAAAGUUUGUAAAGAGGUACCUAGUAUAUGGUUCCAUGUAGAUGGUGCUUAUGCUGGCAACUCUUUUAUAUUGCCCGAAAUGAGACGAUUUUCUGAGGGUUUAGAUUAUGCCGAUUCCUUUAAUACCAAUCCCAAUAAAUUACUACUCACAAAUUUCGAUGCUUCAGCCAUGUGGGUAAAGGAUGUGAUGAGUUUAAAAACCGCCCUAAAUGUAAAUCCUCUGUAUUUGCAACAUGAACAUGAUAUGGCCAUAGAUUAUCGCCAUUAUGGCAUUCCAUUGAGUCGUCGUUUUAGAGCUUUAAAAUUAUGGUUUGUUUUCCGUUCGUAUGGUAUUAUGGGUCUACAGGCGUAUAUACGUAAUCAUAUGGCUUUGGCAAAGAAAUUUGAAAUGUUGGUUCGUAAAGAUGAACGUUUUGAGGUUAGAAAUGAUGUCUACUUGGGUUUAGUGUGUUUCAGAAUGAGAGCUGCUGAUACUUAUAAUCAAGAGCUAUUGGCUCAAAUUAAUCAUUCAGGCCGUAUGCAUAUGAUUCCUUCAAUGGUUAAUGGCAAAUAUGUUAUCAGAUUUUGUGUGACUUACGAACAUGCCACAGAAAAAGAUAUUGUCGAUGCAUGGACAGAUAUUAAAUCCUUUGCCGAAGAUAUACUACGUGAUGCAACCAUGGAAAUCUCUUCCCUACCACCCACACCGGAAAAAGAAAAAAUGCCCUCGGAACCACAACCGAUUACAGGAAAACCACCAAUCAAAAAGAAGCUUACCCGUACCAAAUCACUACGUUUCUCUUUUACACGCAGUAUAUCACGCGAAAUGUAUGAAUCACAAAGUGAACAUCUUAAAGAUGGCUGUACGCCCAUUCUAGUUGUGGACUCAAAUGCCAUGCUACAGAGUUUUCUAAAAGCCACAGCCGAUAAUCAACAAAAUAAACUGAAAGGCAUACAAGAUGUUGAUACCGAUGAGGCAAGCAAUUGAAAAAAUAUUUCAAAUAAUUCAUUCAUUUCGAAUAUGUUUUCUUCCUACAAUAAUGUUUCCAUAAAAAAUAGUAUUAUUUUUCUUUUUCGUUUUAGUAGAAUGUAUAAUUAAAAACAAAAUGUUUAUUUCAUUUGCAUACAUACUAUUAAUAUACUAGUAGUAUUUACUUAAGAGAUUUUGUUUUUGUUUAUUAGUUUAGUUUAAAAUAAGUUGUAUUAUGUAUUGUGCUCCCUUAACUCUUCCCUCCAUACAUUUUAUUUAUUUAUUGCAUUAUGUAGCUAACAUUUUUCUAUUUUAUUUAUUUUUGUUUUUAAUUUAUUUAUAAUUUUUGCAUUUAAUGAAUUUGAAAAUAAAUAAAUUAUAUAUUGAAAUUAAAUAUCAAGGUCCUACAGAAAAUACUGCAGGUCAGUUUUGAAAUCAAUUCAUUUGUACCUUUUUCUCUAUAUAUCACUAUUAACUUAAUCGAUUCACUCGCAAAACAUAUGAUGUAUUCACAUUUUAAGAAUUUAUUAAUUGUACCACCUAUUGUUGUAAAGUAUUUAUUAUUUUUUUACAUAAUAUUUGUUUAAAUAAACGUAAAACACAUUA